AUGUCAAGCUACUUUUUUCAACGAAUAAAAAAUUUACCGACAACUGGUAAUAAUAAUAUUAGUAAUAAUUCACGAUUUAUACAACAAUCAAAAACAACAAUAAAAACAGAAUUAACACCAAGUGUGAGUGAUGAUGAAUUAUUGACUAGUGCCCUAAAAUUUGAACAAGCAUUACAAAAUAAACAAGUCGAAGAAAAUACAAAGAAAACAAGAGAACCUCAAAUCAAUAACUCGGAUAUACGUACAUUUUUUAAAAAACCAGACUCUUCUGCCAUCAAUGCAUCAUCAUGUUUAUCGAAACCACUCAAAAUCAGUACUAGUGAUAUUCCUUCUUCAAAUGAUCGAUUGAAACAAGAAUUAAAUACUAUUGUUUCAUCGUCGAAAAAACGGCCGGCUAAUGAUAGUAGUGAUGAAGAUAUUGUUCCGUUGGAUCUUCCAUCUCCAUCGAUUAUUCGACCACCUGUGAAAAAAAUACCUAAUAGUAAACCUGAUUUUAAUUCUUUUGCUCCAAGAGAUCAAACAGUCAGUGAAAGAACAAAAUCAAUAUUAAAUACAUUACGCAAUCGUCGAGCACGUGGUGAACAAGUUCCAAUGACACAAAUCGUUGCUGAAGAACAAUUGAGAGUACGUGAAAAAUUAAUGCGCAAACCAAAGCCAACAACAGCAAAUGAUGAAAAACGUAAGAAAGUUUUACUUUUAAAAAAUCGAUAA